AAGUCACAUGACGCGGAAGCGAUCCGAAUGUUUACAAGCAGCACGUUUAUCAGGCGCGCAAUUACACUAUUCCCUUUCUAUCCUGAAGACUUUAUCUUUCUUGUUUUGUUUUAUUCCUACAAUUUGAAAAUAGUUAUGCAAUUAAUUCAAACAGAAUUGACUCUUUUUACCCAAAGUGAAGAUUUUCGCUGCAUAUAAACUCACAAGGAGGAGAGAAUGAAUGAAAGCAGCGGUGACGUGAAGGUUCCCACGUGCUUCAUCUCAACCCACGCGGGAUUCCUCGGGAGCAUCAAGACCUUGAUCGAAGACUUCGAGGUGUCUGAGAUCGACGUCAACGGCCUGAACGUCAAAACAGCAUCAGCGGCUCGAGCAUGCGCAGUUGACAGCAAACCCAGUUCAGAUCUAAAGGGGAACCUUUGCUCACGUGACCCUGGAGUUCCACCAGGAACCCCCUCCCCAGGUUCACACAGUUUUGCUUUAGAUGAUGUUCUCGGUCCAUCUGUCAGUGGAGAACUUGAGCGGUUUGCUGCAGCCCUCAGAGGUCAGAACCCAGCCGCCCUGCUGGAGCUGUCACUGGGAUCCUUCCAGGACAAACAGCACAGAGCAAACGUCCACCGAGCUGUCAGGCAGCGCUUCCCCUUCCUCAUGACCAUCAGCAGCCGGCAGGAAAUCAGGGUCCAGGAGGAUCCGGACUACAGGGAGCUCUCCCGGCUGACCGGGGAGGAGGACGCAGAGGAGUUCUUCAGGUUCAUCGAUGCCAAAGUGCCGGGAUCGACCCACAGGUUUGAAGUGGACAACGACAAGGAGCACAGGACGGAGGUCCACCGCUUCCUGAACCGGAGGUUUGGAAAACUGGUGGAGACGAAGAGCUUCAGUGAGGAUCAGAGGACAUCCAUCUCUGUUCGACUGAGAGAGCAUGGGAGGCCCAGGAAGAGGACGGCAGAGGAACCAGAGGACAUUUAUACCGCGUUCACACUUCGUAAGGUAAACCUGGAGACCCUGGAGGCCAUCAGCCACAUGGCGGCUGCUCUGGGGGUCCUUCCCUCCGAUUUUACCUACGCGGGGAUCAAGGACAAGCGAGCUGUCACCUACCAGUCCAUGGUGGUCAAGAAGGUCUCGCCAGAAAGGUUGAAAGAAAAGUCAAUAGAAUUCGAGAUGCGGGGGAUGAAAGUGUCACACGUGCACAAAGUGGGUGAACCCCUCAAACUGGGACGACUGCGGGGGAACCACUUUGACCUGGUGGUCCGGAACAUCAAGCCGCACCGGACCGCCAGCUUUGCAGAUGCACACUUGGAAGGGCUGGUGAAGGAAGCGGUGGAGAACGUCAAGACCACAGGCUUCGUCAAUUACUACGGACCGCAGAGGUUUGGCAGCUGCCAGACGGUUCAGUCCGAUCAAGUAGGACUGGCUCUGCUGAAGGAAGACAUGGUGAAUGCCGUGCGUCUCUUCUUCACUCCAGAGGACGCCAUGGAUCCUCCAAACCAGGCAAAGCGACUCUUCCUCCAAACAAAUAACGCAAAAGAGGCUCUGGCGCUGAUGCCUUCAUCCAAACCCCGGGAGCGCUUGAUGCUUCGGGCCAUGAACCGGUACGGAACCGGUCCGGAUGGUUGUGCUCAGGCGUGGCUCAGCCUGCCCCACGGCAUGAGAGUGUUCUACCCUCAUGCCUACUGCAGCAGGGUGUGGAAUGAAGCAGUGGCACAUAGGCUGUCUACUCUGGGUCACAGAGUCAAACAGGGAGACCUGGUGUGGACAGAAGAGAAGGAAAUAAAGGAAUCUGGAGACGCUACCUCACCAAAAAUCCACGUGGUGACAGCCCAGGAGGAGCAAGGGGGCAUAUUUACUCUGGAACAACUUUUAUUGCCGAUGCCAGGAAACACUGUGAAAUACCCUGAAAAUGCCAUGGCAACGUGGUAUCAGGAAAGAUUGGCGCGAGACGGCCUGACAGACUGCCGAUUCCGAGUCAGCAGCCUGAAACUGAACUUACCUGGCUGCUACCGCCCCCUGCUGGCAGUCCCACACAACCUCCAGUAUGAGCUGCGGAGGGCAGACGGCAGCCAGGAUGGAGCGCUCACUCUGACCCUAAACUUUGACCUGAACCCGGCCUGUUACGCCACCGUCUGCCUCAGAGAGAUCAUGAAGGCCGACACUUUAAACUGAAGUGUUCCUUAAAAUGAACACGUGUGGCUUGAGGAUAAUUGAUAUGACUCCACACGGCAGCUGAGAGGCUGUUUAUGCAUCAGAAAUCAAUUUCUCACACAGACACGUCGCUGCGAAAGAUCUCGCCUCUGAUUCGUGCUCCGGCCGGCUGUGGAGAAACGCCGACCCACUUCAGCGGCAAAUGGGACAUAUUAUUUGACAUCUCUGCAGCUGAAAGGCUUAAAGUAAACACUGAACACAAAAAUAAAUAAAUAGGUCAAGGGCCAUAAGUAAGUUUACCAUCAGUUGAUCACAAGAUGGAGAAGAGACAUGUUAGGAACUUUGGCUGAUGUGUAUUUUAUUGUGAAAAUCUGAAAAGGUGAAUAAAUUAUUGUUGUUAGGAACUGCAAACCUUUUUGAACCAAGGUUUUCAUGUUAUCCUGAGCAACCCCUGCAUAAAAAAUAAUGUAUUUGCAUAAGGAAGUCAGCUGGCAAACCUUAGGCAUGCUUCGCUGCUGUAAAAUGCAUGAAGUCUGAUUUUGUACAGGUUCAAACGUGGCAUUAAAAUAUUGCAGAAGGUGUUAAAAUAUGAUUUCUUUUCAGCUACUUUAGCUCAGAGUCUGUGAGUUACUGAGGAAAAUACAGAAAAUAAAGCAGGAAGGGUUUAUUCUUUCUCAAAAUGUUUGUUUUUUUAUUUGUUUUUUGGAGUGUUCGUGCCUGAUUUGUGGUGGAUAUGUGGUUUCAUUGAUUUUAGUUUUAGAAGACGAGCUCCUUAUCAAGCACUUUGAAAGACAGUCAUUUGUAUGAAGUUUAAAAGUGACAAAUUCUUGAAGUUAAAAAGAAUUAAAUUAAAGAAUUAAACCAGAAAUGUCAGCUGCUUCACACGCCUCACCCUUUCUAUCCACCCCUGCCACACUUACUACUCUGUCCAUGACAACACGCCUUUUUUCAAAAUGGCAGCUUUUCUGUUAGUUUGAACUCCAUAGCAACCAUUACAUUUAUCUGUUGCCUGAGGGUGACAAGCAGAUUUAUGUAAUUUUUAGAAGAAUCGUUGAAAGCAGAUUUUUGGAUUUCCUUGACAACAGAGGUUUUUUUGUUUACCACGGCCACAUUCCUAACACGUUCACACCGUAUGUCUUUAUUUCGCCUAGCUUGAGCCAGGGAUCCAUGACUACAUUUUCACAAUAUUCCGAUAAAAAAUGUGCGCGUAGCGGGGAAACGCCACUUUUCCAAACUAGCCAUGCUAAUGCUGUUCAAUAUCUACAUCAUUUAAAACCAACCUUCUUUUCCCCAAGUAGCUUUGAAUUCCGUCGGAGGAGCUUAAAUUUGUAACUGGU